AUGGCUCAACCUACUCCAGAGUCUAAGCUGCUAUCGGAUUCGACUGGCCAGGAGGUGAAAGAACAGGUGCUGGAGAGCGCGGGGGGCGAGGUGGAGGCUGCUAGGGCAAAGCAUGUGGAUAGUGGUUCACCGUCAACUCCUUCCGUGGCAGUCCCUGAUCCACAUUUGGAGAAGAAUUCCUCCCAGAAUUCAGCCAAUGCCCAGUCCAAUGCAACUUCAUCUCGCCCUUCUCUAGUCCCAUUGGGCUCAGGCAAUGUUCAAACCUCCAUAAUAACACCAGUUGCCCCACAUCCGAAACGAUUUAGCGCCGUAAACAUCAACAAGAAAUUUCUUGAAAAGAAUACAGCAUCCGGGACGUCAACGUCUUCAGGUAGCUCGUCUAUUACGAAGUCGGGCAGCCCUGCGACACGACCUGCCGUUCAGCCUACUUCGUCGCACUCUCGUCUCGUCACCGCUAAAUUGACUGCCAGUCCUGCUGUAGCAUCGACAACUGCUGGAUGGUCGCGUCCGUCCUCGGUGGCACCAUCUCCAGCCACCAAUUCGCCGAAUAGCACAUCUCCAAUGCCAAUCGCUCCUGUUUCGCAACCUUCGGCAACAGCUGCCCCACAGCUGCCUCAUGCUGGGAAAGUCAUUCUUCCUCAACCAAGGAAUGCCGUUCCACAAAUGAGCUCCUCUCAGAAGGAUAACACCCCCAACAAACCGGUUUGGGGUAAUGUCAAACCCCCUGUUGUUAGACCCGACUUCGAGCCCAGUGAUUUUCCAACAGCUGCUGAGGUUGCCAAUGUGACAUCCACAUCACGCAAGCAAGCGAAAGCAGCUGAAGAAGCGAAGGCUACUUCUGAUAAUGCAGCGAAAUUAUUACGAUCGGAGGAAGCUGAUGCAUUCAGAGGCGUUCAUUUAGAUCCUAACGUACAUCAUUGGGAUGAGAUGGAAGAAGAUGAUGACAAUUUCCUUGGAGGGGUAAUUGAGUUUGGAGAUGGCCGACAAUACAAAAUCGAGUCCAGCGAAUCCAAUCAACCUGGGUCAGUAUCUACAGGAAACGUGCCGAGAUCCCAGCCAGACGAUUUCAAGGAAUCGACGAUACCUGUAAGCAAAGAAGAUCGAUUUGUGGACGAUUUUGACCGCAGUUGGCCGAAGUCUCGCAAUUCUCCUGCCUCAGUGCCUAGAGAUGUUCCUCCACAUUCAGCUAGUCCUAGUGCUUCUCCCGUAAUUUCACAUACUUCUCAUUCACCUCAAGAUUCAUCUCGAGUAUUGUUCAACGAACGUUCAAAUCGGUUAGAGCCUUAUAGUCAAACUCAUCGCCAACAACCAGGGCCGUUUGGCUCGAAGCGCUCUCAACAUCCAGAAGGGACGGGGUCCACUCAGGAGCUUAAAUCAUCUCGAGACACACAUAACAUCCAGGUUCUUCAGAAACCUGCAGGUGCCGAUUUCAGUUCUCGUGGAAGAAGGUUUAGUGGCAGCAAUGGCAACUAUGUCCCUGGUCCUCCUAACGGUUUUACCAGCGACCGAAACAGAGACAAAGAACAGUAUCCGCGGCGAGAUGGUCCUCCACCAAGCCCACGCCUGUCGCGAGAUCAUCACACUCCCUUAAAUGUAGAUACUGGAGGUCGUGACUUCAAUACUGAUCGGGGUAGAAGAAGCAACAUAGGUCCUCCACCGGUACCUCUACAUGCCGCACAGAAAUUUGCACAAGAAGGCGUGCGCCAGCUACCACCUCAUUUAUCCCAAGUUUCUCCAAGUAUGCCUUCUAGACGCCUGCCUUCGCGUGACUCACGAUUUUCACCUGCUGAAUCACCUGCGGGACUACCGGUUUCCACGUCUGGACGGAUACCUCCUCAUUCUCCAGCUGUUUCUCAAGCCUCUCUCAAUGUUGUAUCCCCUGUUGUCCCUCCUGGCGCUAAUUUACCCGCUCUCAGUGCACCCGAGUUAGAUGAAGUUCGGAAAGAUGUGAUGCACACAGCUGCCGAAAGAGCAAAGCAAAGGCGACAGCAGGAAGAGGAAGAACGCGAAGCUUUGAAAGAGAGGGCACGACGUAAAGCUCAGGAGAUUGAAGAGAAGAUGAAAGCUGAGAAAGAGAAACAACAACGAAAAGAAGAGGAAGCAGCUUUGGCCGCAGCUAAGGCAUGUACCCUUUUUCUUUUGUGA